AAUCUUGAAAAGGAAAUGAAUUGAUUAUUGUUAUGUCAUAAUAAUCUAAAUGAUCAAUCAUCAAGUUAAUUCUUAUCGUUGUCGAUAUUAAAGAGACACAAAUAAAAACAUGAUAAUCAAGUGAUUAACUUUAAACAAGGAAUCAGCAACUAAUCAAAACAGUUAUUGAUAAAAUUCAUGACAAAUUGAAUUAAUCAUGAUAAUAAUAGAAAAGUAGGAAGAGAGAGAAAAUAAAUAAACACCUGAUCGGUAAUAGUAUUUACUUAAUCACAAUCUAAUCAACAUCAUAACCAUCAGACAUUGUGUUCAAAUCUGAUUAACUCAAUAAACAAUCAAAAUUAACCAGGUAAUCAAAAAUCGAGUCUUCAAUUUGUUCAUCUUCAAAUUACUAAUUGAUUGAAUUGACCUACAAAUAGUUUUCAAUUAAAAGGUUUGAUUGAUGUUCAUUGGAUCAAUAUCAUCUGCAGUUCAAUAAACAAAGCAUGAUAAUUACCUGGACACGGUCAGUUAAUUAGAUUGUCAAGGAAACCAGAGUUUUGCCAUGAAAAUUAACAAAUAAUUUAGCAGCUAAAUGGCCAAGUAAACAAGUCACAUUGCCUUUGAUUUAGUUUCAGUGUAAAUUCAAUUGAAUAGUGAGUUAAUUGUGAUGGGACUUCGUCGUCGUCGUCGCUCAUCAGCUUCAUCAUCUGAUGGUUUGAUUGAUUUCGACAAAAAUGGAUUGAAUCAACGACCAUUCAAAGUGGUUUAUGCUCGCAAAAAGAAGCCCGAAUCAAGAUUAUCAAUAACAAUCCAGGUCCUUGCAGUCAUUUUCUCUGCAGUGUUAACUUAUUAUGUUUACUAUCAUUUUGAUCAUUUCCAUUUUAAUUUAGUUCAUUUUUAUGCGACUAAACUAGACGAUCCUAAUGCUCAACAUGCACUCGGACAUAAAUUGUUGAAAAAAGGUGAAAAUCAAUUAGCAGCAUUUCAUUGGUUCCGUAAAUCAGCAUCAAAAGGAAAUCCUCAUUCGGCUUACAAUUUGGCUGCUGGACAUUUGAGUGGAUAUCAAACUGACCUCUCAAAAGGUGAAGCCAAGAAGCUACUGGAGUUCGCAGCGAAACAUAAUGUCGCUGAGGCUCAUCAGCUGCUCCAUGAUCUUUGUUACGAUAAACCAGAAUUUUGUGAACAUUGAGACAAGUUAAUUGUUUGUUUCGACUGUUCAACCAACAUUAUCUCAUUGAUUCAUUACAUUGGAUAGAUAAACAAUCACCGGAAUCAUAAGGUUUACCACAAACAAUUAGUAUCUGAAUAAGAAUCAAAGUUUAAUUUAAUUGUUCCACCCAAAGUUUACAUUGUGUUAUUUUAAUUGCUACGAUCAUUAUGAUUGCACAAUAAAAACAUUAAUACAAAUAUAAAUGGACAAUUAGCUGGAUUAGCAGUUUGUUUAUACAACCAUAAUGAUCAAGUUAAUUAUUUUAUUCAUUUGCUUGCUGAUUAACUAACUAAUCAACUCACAUUGAAUUGGAUCGACUUUUGUUUGAUGAAAAUACAAAACGAAAAAAGUUUAAAAAUAAGUUAA